CGAGUAAACAUGUGCGGCGCUCGGGUCCUGCCUGGUAGCAGCAGCCCGUGAUGCUGUGCUUGGAAUGAAGUCAGCCUUCAUCAGCCGAAUAGUUUAUGCAUGAAUCGAAACUUCAGACCUGGCAGGGUGGGGGAACGUGCAGGAUCUGCGCUCUUUUAGAAUGCUGGAGCCAAGGAAGGAGGGAGGGGAUAGAGGAAAUAGCAGGAAAAUAAGACUGGGGAAGCGGGGAGAGAUUUGAGAAGCUGGAUGAGUUUUUCGCUCUGUUAUUGUGAGGAGCCAAGUUCCUUAAGCAUCUCCUGGUGGAUAUUAAGAGGGAGCUGUGGAGGCUGGAGCAUUCCCCUGGACACUCGCAUGCUGUAGCUUUAAGACUGUUUUACAGAGGACUCGGGAUUUCCAGUUUUCCUGUGCCUGGUGGAGUAUUCCAGGGAGUUACAGGAUUUUUUCGGGUCAUGUACCCCCUUUUUCUUUCUUCUUCCUCCUUUCUCUUUCCCUCUUACUCUUCUUUUUCAUUUCAAAGAGACAAAGCUACUUCAGUUUGGAGCACAAACAUAUGAUCAGCACAUGGAAAUGUGGUAAUUUGGAUGCAUUCAUGAUUGCAACAGAUUGAAGAAAUUAGACCAGACAAAGAGCUUUUUUUGGAAGAGGAGGAGGAGGAGGCAAGGCAAGGAGGGAGGGAGAGUGGGGGAAAGAAGGGGACGCCACCGAAAAAAGGGACGGCCGUGACACGCGGAUGCUAAAUAUAUCCCGUAGUAAUGGAGAGGGACCGGAUUUCAGCUCUGAAAAGAUCUUUUGAGGUCGAGGAGGUAGAUCAGUCUUCGAAUUCCUCCACCCCACAAAGACGGGCCCCGAACACCCUCCUCAGGUCCACCGUGUCCAGCUCCACGCAGAAGUUUCAGGAACUUGGUGCCAGAAAUUCGGAGCCAUCCGCCCGACAUGCAGAACCCACAGUCCAAAGAUCACCCAAGCCCCCUCUGAGGAGAGUGGAGCUCUCUGGACCCAAACUGCCCGAGCCAGUGUCCAGAAGAACAGAAAUCUCCAUUGACAUCUCAUCCAAGCAGGUGGAGAACUCCACCUCAGGGUUGUCAAGGUUUGGCCUCAAACGAGCAGAUGUGCUGGGUCACAAACCCCCCGAGCCCACCCCAAGGAGGACUGAGAUCACCCUCGGGAAGCCCCAGGAGCCGGGUCUCCGGAGGGUGGAGGCGCCGGCAUCCAAGAUCCCGGAGAUGCCGCAGCGAAGAGCUGAGACAGCCAGUGCUCCCGCGCCUGACACGGCCACCAAGCGCGUGGAAAUCCAGGUAGCAAAGGCUGCUGAGGUCUCAGCCCCACCAGCACGGCAGGUGGAGAGCUCGGAGCCUCCCCUGCCCGCCCAGCCUCCCCAGGCAGAGCCAAAGCUGCAGCCGGUGCCGAUGGAGAGCCCACCAAAGAGAGAAGAAGGUCCAGAGGCAGUUCCCAGCCACGCACCCAGCAUGACGGACGCUCCACGGGAUGCCGGCCCCAAGCCGGCGGCGCCAACGCGGCCGGAGAAACCGGCUGCGGACUUUGGCUACGUGGGGAUAGACGCCAUCCUGGAGCAGCUGAGGCGGAAAGCCAUGAAGCAGGGGUUCGAGUUCAACAUCAUGGUCGUGGGUCAGAGCGGCUUGGGGAAAUCCACAUUAAUCAACACCCUCUUCAAAUCCAAAAUCAGCCGGAAGUCUGUACAGCCCACUUCUGAGGAGCGGAUCCCCAAGACCAUUGAAAUCAAAUCCAUCACUCACGAGAUUGAAGAGAAGGGGGUUCGCAUGAAGCUGACGGUCAUCGACACCCCGGGAUUUGGAGACCACAUCAACAAUGAGAACUGCUGGCAGCCCAUCAUGAAGUUCAUCAACGACCAGUACGAGAAGUACCUGCAGGAGGAAACCAACAUUAACCGGAAGAAGCGGAUCCCUGACACGCGGGUUCACUGCUGUAUAUAUUUCAUCCCAGCCACGGGCCACUCGCUCCGACCGUUGGACAUCGAGUUCAUGAAGCGCCUGAGCAAAGUGGUCAACAUCGUCCCGGUGAUCGCAAAAGCUGACACGUUAACGCUGGAGGAGAGGGACUACUUCAAACAGCGGAUAAUGGCUGAUCUUCUGGCCAACGGGAUCGAUGUGUAUCCUCAGAAGGAGUUUGAUGAAGACUCUGAAGAUCGGCUCGUGAACGAGAAAUUCCGGGAAAUGAUCCCAUUUGCAGUGGUGGGCAGUGACCAGGAAUACCAGGUUAAUGGAAGAAGAAUCCUUGGAAGAAAGACCAAGUGGGGCACCAUUGAAGUGGAGAACACGACACACUGUGAGUUCGCCUACCUGCGGGACCUCCUCAUCAGGACGCACAUGCAGAACAUCAAGGAUAUUACCAGCAACAUCCACUUCGAAGCCUACAGGGUCAAGAGGCUGAACGAGGGCCAGGGCUCGCUCUCCAACGGCGUGACCGACAAAGAGCUGGUGGCUAACGAAAUGUAACCGUCUCGCUCCGUAGCCAGGACCUUGCUCGCUCACGCUCGCUAUUUCUCCCCUCUCCCCCCUUUAUUUUUAUAUAAAUCCUCUGCCACUGUCCCCCUUCCCCCGGUCCCUGACCCCCUGCCAUGUUAACUGACCAAAUAACCAGGCGCGGAGCGGGGCGGCCGCUCACCCCCCGCUUUGUGGCAUGAAUUUGCUUCUCGGCCCCCGGUCCAGCAUUCCUGGGCUGGGACUGUCCCUCCGUGGAGGUCGAGCUCUCGCUUGCCCCCAGCUCUGGCCCGGCAGCCGAACCCAGGGGAGCAGAUCCACGGGGCCAGCAGGAUUGGGGUGCCCCCAGGAGCCCUGCCUGCCCCUCCGUGCAGAGGCUCCUCUCCGUCCGUUGAAGGCAAAAGGGUUUCUCCAGGUGAAUGUAGCCUUCGGAAGCAAGGUACGGGUGGGAUGAAGAGAGCAAGACAGUGCCAUCCUUGUCUCCUGCCGCCUCCUCCGAGCCCUCUGCAGCCCUCCAGGACCUGCCAGCCCCCAACCCAACCCUUGUACCCCAUCUACAUGCAAUAAACUGGGAGUGUUUAGGUGUCACCUUGCCUGUCACCGACCCCCUGCCAGGCAGAGCGACCUGCUUUGGGAGAAGUGCCUUUUCAGACUGUGACCUUGCAAUAGUGUGGGAGAGGGGAAGGAGGGUCUGCCUUGUCUGUGCAGCCUGUAAAAGGCUGCAGACCUUUGUAGGGACUCCUGUUCCCUCUCCCUUGGACCACAGAUGUAGCUGAUGUCCUGAGAACACUUGUGUAUUUAUUUUUCAUUCAGUUGGGUGGGAUUUUUGUGUGCUGAAGGCUGGGAGUGUCUUUGUCCAAAGGGGGCUGAGAGUGGAACGUCUCCACAAAGCGGUGGUGGGAGGUGGAGGGUUGUCCUGUCUUACCCUUGUGAUUCUUGGGCUUUUCCCUAUGUCAGAGGAGGCUGUUGGGCAUUUUUCAAUCGUUUUUUAUUUUCUGGUUCCCCUGUGUGACAUGUGUCUGUGUAACACACUCCUGUGUUUUGCUGGUCCUUGUGCAGGGGGUCUGUGCAUGUGCAGACCGAGCCCUGCCGCCCUGGGGAGGGCUGAGGUUGUGUUUGUGGGUGCUGUGCCCAACAUCUCCCCCUGCUCUGCCCCCCAGCACCUCCUCUUUCAGUGUAUCUCCAGUAAAUAAGUCCCUGCAAGGGUGAGGUAGCACCGUGACACAGGAGAGGAUGGUCCUGGAGCAGAGCUCUGCAGUCUUUACCCUCGCCCCAGCUCCGCUUCCCUUUCUGUUCUCCACUCCACCAGUCUCCAUAUCCUCUCUAAGGGAUAAAACUUUCUGCAAAUCACCCAUUUUUGGGGGGGCACACACUAAAAUGGCAGCGUGUCCCAUCCUCUAGCACUGGAAGGCGCGUGCAAAGCCCUAUGGUCUCCAUGGGGGACAGAGCCUUCCUCAGCACAGGUGACCAGGAGGAAGGAGGAGGUUGUUCUCACCUCGGUGGGGAUGCCCAGAUGACAUUGGACAGGGUUUGCAGGGGCUCCCCACACAUGUCCUCCCAAAGAGGCGUGGGCAGGGGGGUGCAUUGUGAGAAUCCAUUCUGCCCUUCACUCGUAUUCCUCCCCCGCCACAACAGCACCACGGAGCUGUUGGGGUACAGCAACUCUCUACUUGCUGACUUGCUAUAUUUUAGCAAAACCAACAAAAAAAAAAGUGUAUUAACUGAAAAAAAAAUAUAUCUAUAUUUCAAGUGUUAAAAAAGACUGAAAGGGGAGAAAAAUCUCUUUGUGUGAGGCACUUCUGCAAAUGUCAUCUUAAACUUUUUUUUCCUCUAGUUGAAGCUGGGCAAAGCAAGACACGCUGCUUUCUCCUUUGUAACCUGACUUUUUUUUUUUUGAAGAAAAAAAAAUAAUACAAUAAAAAAACCCUUCAUCCAGAUCUAUUAAAAUGGCCUUUUGGGGGUUAUAAGCAUUACGAAAAUUUAGUCCAUUUUUGUAUAAAUAAUAGUGUUUAAUAUGUAUUUCCCAAAAUAAAUGUUUCGAAUGCAAA